AGUAAGAAGUGAUGCAAAUGAGUGCCAAGUUGCCUUGAAAACUACUAUGAAUCGACAACAACAUGAAAAAGAAAAAAAGAAAAAAAAAGAAAUAAAGAAAAAGGAGAAAGAACAACUGGUAUUUCAAAAUGACCACAAGAGAGAAAGUGACAAGACAAAUGCAUGAUUGAGAUAACUUUGGUGCAUUAAAAAUCCUAGAAACAGGGGAGCAGCUUUGCACUUUCUUCCAAUCCACAACCAACCAUUCUUCAUAAGCCUCUCCUAAAGCUGUUUCAUUUGUUUCUCCCCCACUGCACCAAUGGAGGAAAAUUCCAGCCUUGUUGCAGAAUCAACUCUCAGUAACGCCAUGGAAGCAGAACCUCAAGAAGAAGACAGAGACCCAGAAAGCAAUCCCUUAAACCAACCCCUCCUCAAGAGAAGCAGAACUCUGUCUUCCAGUCCUCUCGCCAUCGUUGGAACCAAAGUUUCUCUCAUAGAAAGCUUGGAUUACGAGAUCAAUGAGAACGAUCUGUUUAAGCACGAUUGGAGAAGCAGAUCCAAAGUUCAAGUGUUGCAGUACAUAUUCUCGAAAUGGACAUUGGCUUGUCUUGUUGGACUACUUACAGGGAUCAUUGCCACUCUCAUCAAUGUCGCCAUUGAAAACAUUGCUGGCUACAAGCUUUUGAAAGUGGUCAGCUACAUAGAAGAAGAAAGGUACUUAAUGGGGUUGGCCUACUUUACCGCUGUAAAUUUCCUUUUGACUUCUGUUGCUGCUGUUCUAUGUGUAUUCUUUGCCCCCACCGCAGCUGGGCCUGGCAUACCAGAAAUCAAAGCCUAUCUCAAUGGCAUAGAUACUCCUAAUAUGUUCGGUGCCACGACAUUGAUCGUUAAGAUUAUUGGGAGCAUUGGGGCAGUGGCUGCAGGGCUAGAUCUUGGGAAAGAAGGGCCUCUAGUACACAUUGGCAGCUGCAUUGCCUCCCUACUCGGGCAGGGCGGUCCAGACAAUUAUCGAGUCAAAUGGACAUGGCUGCGCUACUUCAACAACGACCGUGAUCGUCGGGAUCUCAUCACCUGCGGGGCAUCGUCGGGGGUUUGUGCAGCGUUCCGAGCUCCGGUCGGGGGAGUUCUAUUUGCUUUAGAAGAGGUGGCUACUUGGUGGAGGAGUUCCCUGCUGUGGAGGACAUUUUUCAGCACAGCCAUAGUUGUAGUGGUGCUGAGAACCUUCAUUGAAGUAUGCAAAGCAGGGCAAUGUGGGCUGUUUGGAGAAGGAGGGCUUAUAAUGUUUGAUGUGAGUGGAGUUUCUGUGAGUUAUCAUAUCAUGGACAUUAUUCCAGUUGCUAUCAUUGGCCUUCUUGGUGGGUUUCUUGGAAGUCUCUACAACCAUCUUCUUCACAAAGUUCUCAGAGUUUACAACCUCAUCAAUCAGAAGGGAAGAUUGCACAAACUGUUGCUGAGUUUAGGAGUUUCUCUGUUCACUUCAAUCUGCCAAUACAGCCUCCCUUAUCUUGCCCAAUGCACCCCCUGCGACCCUUCUCUUGCAGAAUCCGUGUGCCCCACCAAUGGCCGCUCCGGCAACUUCAAGCAAUUCAACUGCCCCAAAGGCCAUUACAACGACCUCGCCACCCUUCUCCUCACAACCAACGACGACGCCGUUCGGAACAUCUUCUCCGUCAACACUCCGGCGGAGUACCAGGAGCUUGCAGUGACGAAGGAGGAGAUGGAGAUGUUCGUGGAUCUUCAUCCUCUCACCAACACCACGCCUUAUACAGUUAUGGAGAGCAUGUCGGUGGCCAAAGCUCUGGUUCUGUUCAGGCAAGUGGGGCUCCGCCAUUUGCUCAUUGUUCCUAAAUAUGAAGCAGCUGGGGUUCCGGCUGUGGUUGGGAUUUUGACGAGGCAGGAUUUGAGGCCUUACAACAUUCUGAGUGCGUUUCCUCAUCUGGAGAGAAUUAGGAGCAAUCACAAACGAAAUUGAACUCAAUUUCUUCCAUUCCAGAGACACAUUUUCUGGUUUUUUGUUGCAUUCCUUCUUCAUAAUUGUUUCCAUUAUUUACCUUUUCCUCCCGCCAAUUUUGUGUUUCAUUUAUUUAAUUUUACAAUAAACAAAUGGAUUGUCAUUGUCCAUUCAAUUUUGAUUUUUUUUUUUCUUUGCUUUGAGUUGAAAUAUAGUUAUGGUCAAUAAAGUUUACUUUCAUUGUUAAA